AUGGAUAUCAAACAGGUCGAAUGGAUCAACAGCUCUGAUCUCCCGCCCUUUUUUCGCGAUGAAGUUCUUGGACCGGCGGCACACGUCACAAAGCGGUACUUUCGUACUGCGAAAGGCCAACUCGACCCUGCACGUGUCAAGAUGGCAACCCCCUUUGUCGUUUCUAUUGUAGGAACUGGUAAAAGGGGGAUUGGCGUUUCUAUUGUGCUUUCCUAUGCAAAGGCUGGAGCAUCUGGGAUCCUAUUAAGUUCACGCACUGAAGCGAGCUUGAAGCACGUUGCUGAGCAGGUUAAAGCUAUCAACCCAAGUUGUCGCGUGGAGUACCAAGUUUGCGACGUGUGUAUAGAGGAUGACCUUGUUCGAUUGGCCUCUCGCUGCAAAGAAUGUUUUGGCCGAUUAGAUGUUGCAGUACUCAAUCAGAGCGAUCUACCACGCCUCAUCCAAAAUAAAGAUGGGAGCCUACGCUUCCCCUAUGGUCUCUAUGAAGAAACACGCGAGGACGUCUCCAAUAGCUGGGAUACUAAUUACCAUGGUUCUUAUCUGGCUAUUAAAGCACUGCUCCCUCUGAUUCGAAUCUCCGUUGAUGGCCCCCAGUCGAUUAUCAUACUUUCUUCUAUCGGGGCACUCUCCUCUGAAACGUCUCCCACGACCUGCACGGCCUCUUACAUUACGAGCAAAUUUGCAGUUACCCGUCUGGCGGAAUUUGUCCACAAUGAAUUUAAAUCAGAUGGCGUGCUGUGCUUUGCUAUUCAUCCUGGAUGUAUUAAGAUCAACGACGAUUUUCCAAUUCCGUGGGACUUCCUCAUAGACGAUGUUAGCCUACCUGGUGGAUUUUGUGUCUGGCUUACAAAGAUGAAGCGUGCCUGGCUCUCGGGUCGUUUUCUGGUCUCAGGAUGGGAUGUUACUGAGCUGGAAAGCCAGAAGGAAAGAAUUGUGGCCGAAGACAAAUUCAAGUUUCGAUUGGUAGUAUAGACGGGGUUUGCAUUUUCUCAUGGACUAUUAGAGCGUGUGUG